AGCACAAAGUCAUUAUUGUGGGCCUAGACAAUGCAGGGAAGACUACAAUUCUUUACCAGUUUUCAAUGAACGAGGUGGUACACACGUCUCCUACGAUUGGAAGUAAUGUGGAAGAGAUCGUUGUGAACAACACCCACUUCCUGAUGUGGGACAUUGGGGGCCAGGAGUCCCUCAGGUCAUCAUGGAACACAUACUACACAAACACAGAGGAUUUACGAAAGGCAGGACUGUUAGUAUUUGCCAACAAACAAGAUGUGAAAGGCUGCAUGUCUGUGGCUGAGAUCUCCCAGAGCCUCCAGCUAACCUCUGUCAAAGACCACCAGUGGCACAUCCAGGCCUGCUGCGCCCUCACAGGGGAGGGGUUGUGUCAGGGUCUUGAGUGGAUGAUGUCACGGCUGCGUGUGAGAUGAUGACCCUGGUGACUGUUCAGGAGUGCGCCCUGUCGGUCUGAAGACACGAGGACCUGGGUGAGAUCAGACGAUGGGUGGUCCUCUCCAUCAUUUCCUGUGAAUCUGAUGCAGGCAGAGCGCUGACAGGACGUUGUAUUCUUCUGUAAUAAUUUAUUUUACACAAGACUUUUGAUUCUGAACAAAAGAAGACGUUUCGCAGUGGGACGAUGAACAAAGACAGUGUAUUUUCUGCACGGUGUUUCAGCUCAACACAGAGCUGUGGACUUCCUGCACGUGGACUUCCUGUACGUGGACUUCCUGUACGUGGACUUCCUGUACGUGGACUUCCUGCACGUGGACUUCCUGUAUGUGGACUUCCUGCACGUGGACUUCCUGUACGUGGACUUCCUGUACGUGGACUUCCCUGUACGUGGACUUCCUGUACGUGGACUUCCCUGUACGUGGACUUCCUGUACGUGGACUUCCUGUACGUGGACUUCCUGUACGUGGACUUCCUGUACGUGGACUUCCUGUACGUGGACUUCCUG